UCCCACCGGUCAAGAUGUCUCGGUUGAAGCUCGAUACCGUUCUAGAGACUCCUCAAUAGAGAUGAUCGAAGUCUUGGUUACAACGAAAACGACAAGUCUAGCCACGGGGACGUUCUUUUCGCUAUCACCUUCUUUUUUUUUUUUUUGGAGGAGUACCACACAAACGUAACUCGGUAGCCUCUUUAGCAGGCUAAGCCCGAUAAUGUAUAGAGUACUACUACCAUAUGUAGUAAAGACUAGUUACGGGGUAAGGAGUAGUUAAGUCAUCACUAACUAAUAACCCCUGUCAUUUGUUUUGCAUUUGAUUGCAAGACGAUGAUCCUGUGGGGCUAUUCAGAAGAACAGACUGGUAACAAUGAAAUGUCGGCGACAAAAGUACCCGACUAUUGGACGACGAUCAUAAAAUCCAAGACCUGUCAGAACCCGCCAUCAAGUCUGCUUUCUUCCUCUCAUCUUCCACUCUCCCCCACUUCUACCGCCGAGAAAGCAUCGCUGUUGACCAUGACAGAUUCAAAAACCAUUCCAUCCAAAGCUCCCGCGGGGAGGACAAAAGGUAUCCCUGCUGGUCUGUCUGUUGAAUUCAGGAUCGAGGCAGACACAUUCCCCACUGAUGAUGGAAACCCCUCUCCCACACACGGGGACGAAUUAUCCAUGUGCUCGACGUCCGUUAGCUCAAGUGUCCUGGCGCAUGAGUACAAGCAUGGCCGGCGGUACCACAGCUACCAGGGCGGCUCGUACCUGUUCCCGAACGACAAGGAGGAGCAGGAACGCCUGAAUAUAAACCACCACAUCUACUACCGCGCCCUGAACAACCGGCUGUUCCUGGCCCCGAUCACGCUGGCGGGCAAGCGCGUCCUCGACGUCGGAACGGGCACUGGCAUCUGGGCAAUGGAGCUCGCCCAUCUCCACCCGGAAGCCGAGGAGAUCGUGGGCAAUGAUCUCAGUCCCAUCCAGCCACGCUGGUGCCCCGCCAACGUGAGCUUCAUCAUCGACGACAUCGAAAAGGACUGGGUCGAACCCCGGCCAUACGACUUCAUUCAUUGCCGGUACCUAUGUGGCUCCAUCGGCGACUGGCCAAGGCUGGUCCGUCAGUGCUUCGAGAACCUGCAACCGGGCGGCUGGAUCGAGUUCCAGGAAGGCGACUACACCAUUUACUCGGAGGAUGGGACCCUCGCUCCGGACAACUACAUCGCCGUUCUGAUGACCCAUCUGGCCGAUGCAUGUAGGCGGGUCGGGAAACCGAUCGACAUGGCCCCUUCCAUCAAAGCCCUGGUGCAAGCCCAGGGGUUCCAGAACGUGCGGGAAUCCAUCUACAACCUCCCCUUGGGGAAAUGGCCCAAGAAUCCUCGUAUGAAGGAGAUCGGUGCCUUUUCUGCCCUGCAGGUCGUCGAAGGCGUCGACGCCCUCACGGCAGCGCCCUUCUCCGAGGUUCUGGGCUGGAGCAAGGAAGAGAUCCGCGUUCUAAAAGAUGGCGUCCGCAGGGAUUCAAAGCGGAGAGAUGUUCACGCCAUGUGGAACUUUCACGUCAUCACGGCUCAGAAACCAAAAUGAUACCUUGCUUUUUUGAAUUAUACUGUCUUUCGGUGUUGGUGCUCGGCUCGGUGCUCGGUGCUCGGUGCUCGGUGCUUUAUAAGGAAUCUAUUGGGCUUAAAAAUCUACUUGUGUUAUCUCUAUAUUUCUAUAUAAAAGAAUAGAUCUUAUCUUUUACAU